CACUUUCACUCACCACUAUUUCUUCAACCUCCAAACAGUCCAAUACUUCCGAGCUUCAAUAUCCUCCCAAUUCUUCAUUAACAACCGCCUCGAAAACCAGAUCCACAACCAAAUCUCUAUAUUUCAACACCUAAAUUCAACUUCAAUCUGACAUCAAUCAAUUUCUAUAAAUGAGGAGUUACAGGCCUGUAGAAGGAACAACAUUCAAAAAAUUACAUCAUAAACAGGUGAAGCAAGCUAAAGGACUGUUGUACAAACUCGCAAUUGCAGCGGUUUUGCUCAUUGCUCCGACGAUAUACUUCGUUGCGUCUUAUUCGCCGACGGUUGAGUCGAUAUCUGAGGUUGAUGUGCAGAAACUUUGGGAUGCUGCUGAUUCUGGUGGUUGGAGACCGUCCUCUGUUCCAAGAUCUGACUGGCCUCCUCCUCCAAGUGAGAGCAAUGGGUACCUGCGGGUCCGUUGUAAUGGUGGUCUGAAUCAGCAGAGGACAGCUAUAUGUAACGCGGUUCUUGCUGCACGGAUUAUGAAUGCCACCCUCGUGCUGCCUGAAUUGGAUGCAAAUUCCUACUGGCAUGAUGACAGCGGUUUCCAGGGUCUUUACGAUGUCGAUCAUUUUAUCAAGACACUGCAAAACGACGUACGGAUCGUAGAAAGCAUUCCCGAGAUUAAGAAGAACGGAAAGACAAAAAAGAUAAAAGCUUUUCAGCUUCGCCCACCGAGAGAUGCUCCUAUAAAAUGGUAUACAACAACCGCUUUGGAGAAAAUGAAAGAACACAGUGCCAUCUAUCUCACUCCGUUUUCCCAUAGACUAGCGGAAGAGAUUGACAACGCUGAAUAUCAACGGUUAAGAUGCAGGGUCAACUAUCAUGCCCUUGUAUUCAAGCCGCAUAUCAUGGAUUUAAGUCACAAAAUAGUUGAUAAACUUCGAUCACAAGGUCAUUUCAUGUCUAUACAUCUUCGGUUUGAAAUGGAUAUGCUGUCUUUUGCAGGGUGCUUUGAUAUAUUUUCCCCGGAGGAGCAAAAGAUAUUGAAAAAGUAUAGGAAAGAAAACUUUGCUGAAAAGAAACUUAUUUAUAGCGAAAGGCGUGCUAUUGGAAAAUGUCCGUUAACUCCAGAGGAGGUGGGUUUGAUCUUGCGCGCAUUGGGGUUCGAUAAUUCCACUCGAAUAUACCUAGCAGCCGGUGAACUAUUCGGUGGUGAACGGUUCAUGAAGCCAUUCAGGUCCAUGUUUCCGCUGCUUGAAAAUCACAGCACUGUGGAUUCAUCUAACGAGCUAAAAGACAACACUCAGGGUUUAAUCGGGUCAGCUGUUGAUUACAUGGUUUGUCUUUUAUCAGACAUAUUUAUGCCAACGUAUGACGGGCCCAGCAACUUCGCCAAUAAUCUAUUGGGCCAUCGGCUCUAUUCUGGUUUCCGUACAGCAAUUCGGCCCGAUAGGAAAGGUCUUGCUCCUGUUUUUAUCGACAGGGAAAAGGGACGUACUGCUGGUUUUGAAGAGGCUGUUAGGCGUGUGAUGCUUAAAACAAACUUUGGUGGGCCCCAUAAGCGGGUCUCGCCGGAGUCUUUUUAUACGAAUUCUUGGUCGGAAUGCUUCUGUCAAACGUCGGCAUCAAAUCCUGCUGAUAGAUGUCCAGAUGGGUCUGAUGAGUAACUUGCAUAGCAAGGAACAGGAUAGUUGACCAAAUAUCAAUGCAAAUCACCACGAUGAUUCUUUUUCGAGCAAAUAUGAUGACCCCAAGAUACCAUCGGGUUUGAGGUGUAUCAGAGUCGAUAUAUGUCUGCUUUAUAGUUACAAAAACGUUUUUUUUUUUUUUUUUGUAUUAUAUUAUUUGCUCGUUUUCUAGAUGUGCCUACUUGUUUCGAGAUGUCUAUGAAAGUACGAUGAGAUGGCAAAACAUUUUUGUUGGUGCAAAUGUGGGUUGUGUGUGGAACCUUAAUCCGAGGAAGUUUACGCCAAAUGUAUUGAGAACAUGAAAAACGGA